UGGUGACGUAUACCCUAACAGGCCACGCCCACAGCUUCCGGCCAUGGAGGAGUGAGCUGGAUGGUCGUGUACAUUUGUGCGUCCUCGACUCUUCGCCCGGUAACUCCAUGUAUUUGUGGCCAGAAUGUAUUUUCCUGUAAGCGUGAAGGCGUUCGACAUACAAAAGAGAUAUGUAAGGCGAAAACAGCCGAGUGGCCGAGUGUUUCCGCCAAGAUAAACGAGCGCGGUGCGAGCUUGUUAUGCUAGCUGGGCGGUGAAGGUUGAAGCCUAGCAAGGAUGAAGACUAAGAAGUACGGAAGUGUGAUGGAGAUGUUUGAAGGAGGAAACCACGUGGUCACAAUGUGCGCGCCAAUGGUUCGAUAUUCCAAGCUGCCUUUCAGGUCCUUGGUGCGGAAAUACAACUGCGACGUUUGCUUCACUCCCAUGAUUGUCGCUCCCGACUUUGUGCGAUCCGUCAAGGCCAGAGACAGUGAAUUCACCACCAACGAGUGUGACAGACCCCUGAUUGUGCAGUUUGCCGCCCACGAUGCCCAGACUUUGGCCGACGCAACCUCCGCGGUCGCACCUUUCUCAGACGGAGUUGACCUCAACUGUGGAUGUCCCCAGAGAUGGGCCAUGUCAGCAGGCUACGGCGCUUGUCUCAUCAACAAACCCGAGCUGGUGAAAGACAUGGUCCGCCACGUGAGGAACCGGGUGUCCGACCCAGACUACACGGCGUCCAUCAAGAUAAGAAUCCACACCGACCUGAGGAGGACGGUGGAUCUGUGCCAGAAGGCGGAGGCGGCGGGGGUGUCGUGGAUAACGGUGCACGGCCGCACGUCAGAGGAGCGCCACCAGCCGGUCCACUACGACGCCAUAAAGACCAUCAAGGACUGCGUGUCCAUCCCUGUCAUCGCCAACGGGGACGUCAAGUACCAACGCGAUGUGGACGCCAUUCGCCAGCGCACUGGCGCUGAUGGUGUGAUGGUAGCGCGAGGGCUGCUCGCUAACCCCGCUUUGUUCGCUGGGUACGAAGACACCCCGUUGGAGUGUGUGUGGGACUGGGUGGACAUCUCCACGCAGCAGGGCACGCCGUUCACCUGCUUCCACAAUCAUCUGAUGUACAUGCUGGACAGAGUUAGCUCCCAGCCUGAGAGGAAAGUAUUUAAUUCCCUGAGCAGCACAUCUGCCGUCAUUGACUACUUGCAGAGCACAUAUGGAGCGGCGCAUGAUUUGCCCACCUGUUACGCCAUAAACAGGAAGUGUAGUAAACCGGAAAACGACCAAACUUUUGAACGCCAUCACACAAACAUGUCGCUGCAGUGGACUGUGGUGGCUCUCUUCCUCUACCUGGAGAUUGGCGUCCUUGUCAUUCUCUGUCUACCCUUCAUCUCUGCUAAGAGGUGGCAGAAGGUGUUCAACUUCAGGAUCUGGAGCCCGGUGGCUCGGUUUUCCAACAAAGUGUUUCUCACGAUGAUUGUUAUACUUAUCGUCCUAUUCCUUGAUGCUGUCCGUGAGGUGAGGAAGUACUCCAUGAAGAACCUGGGCACAGAUGCCAAGCUGCUGCCCAACAUGCACGACCACAUGCACAUGAAGCUCUUCCGGGCCCAGAGGAACCUCUACAUCUCUGGCUUCGCCGUCUUCCUCUGGCUGGUGAUGAAGAGAGUGGUCACGCUCAUCAGCAAACUGGCCUCCGCCUCGGCGACCACUGCUGCACUCCUGGCGCAGUCGGACGACGCCAAGAAAGCUGCCAAGAAGUGCUUGGAGGACAACGAGAUGUUGAAGAAGACGCUGAUGGACGGCACGGGAGACCAGGCCACCGCAGAAGGCAUGGAGCUGCUGAGGAAAGAGGUGGAGAAACUGCAAGAGGACCUGAAGAAGUCUGAGGACGCCCUGAAGGAGUCGGAGUGUGCCGCAGGAGGACUGCAGAAGCAGACGGACGGUCUGGCCAGAGAGUACGACCGCCUGCUGAAAGAACACCAAGUGCUGCAGAACAUUCAAAACGAGGACGAGAAAAAGGACGCCUAGCAGGACGGGAGGAGUUUGAAGAACACGCAAGUUUUUUUUCCCCUUUUUUAUUCCCGACGAGCUUUAAGAACAUUCUGGCUGAAUGUUCUUAGACAUUAUUAUUAUUAUUGUUACUUACUUUUCUUUUUCUAUUUCCGGCCCAUCUUGCAUGUCUUACAAGACAACUAUUAGCCCACAAGUUUGACUUUUUCCAAAAAGCACUUUCAGUUUUCUUACUGCGUUGUUUAAUCACAGUUUGUAUGUUUUGUCCUGUGGGGAAGAAAAUGUUUACAUUUCCUACAUCUUUAGUCUUAAUUUAAACAUCACGAUCAUCACAGUUGUUUUUUCACCAAAGCAACAGGAGAUAAUCUUCACAAGCAUCUUAAAUAACUGCAACACAUUUGAGAAAUAUGGAGUAUGAAAGGUUGUUUACAUAUAAGUUGUACUGUAUAUACCGUAUUUUUCGGACUACCGUAUUUUUCGGAGUAUAAGUCGCUCCGGAGUAUAAGUCGCACCGGCCGAAAAUGCAUAAUAAAGAAGGGAAAAAAACAUAUAAGUCGCACUGGACUAUAAGUCGCAUUUUUUGGGGGAAAUGU